AUGAGAAAGAAAGAAAAAUCGGGAAAUGGAUUUCCAGUUACGGCCAACCAUCCGCCACAAAGACCGUGGAUUCCAUUGACAAGACCAAAUAGAACGAGACCGACGUGUAUUUUCACAGUGAUGUGUUACAACGUUCUCUGCGACAAAUACGCGACGAGGCAAAUGUACGGAUACUGUCCGAGUUGGGCACUCGAUUGGGAAUACAGGAAAAAGGGAAUUUUGGAAGAAAUAAGACAUUAUGCUGCCGAUAUUAUUAGUUUACAGGAAGUAGAAACAGAUCAGUUUUAUAAUUUCUUUUUACCCGAAUUGAAAAGAGACGGCUACGAUGGAAUUUUCUCACCGAAAUCCAGAGCCAAAACAAUGUCUGAAAAUGACAGGAAAUUUGUCGAUGGCUGCGCCAUUUUUUACAGAACCGCAAAAUUUUCGUUAACUAAAAAUCACUUAGUCGAAUUUAAUCAACUUGCUAUGGCGAAUUCUGAAGGAUCGGAUCACAUGUUGAAUCGAGUUAUGCCAAAGGAUAACAUUGGAUUGGCAGCUUUGUUGAAAACUAAAGAAGCCGCUUGGGACAAUGGUGAGAAAAGUUAUCGUUACCGUAUCCUUACAAAGAUGGCGGGUUAUCAAACGAAAGAAGAAUACUGGGCAAAUCAAUCUCAGUAUAAUAAUUAUAAUUAUCCAUCGCCGGAUCCGAAUGUCGGAUUUCAUUCGGAAUUGAAUUUUCAAGAUACUAGUCAAUAUGAAAACGUACCCAACGAUUCGUGGCAGGCGAAUUAUUACACGGGCGAGGGUUACGGCGUUCAGGGAGAAUUCAAAACGACCGGAUUCAACGAAUUCGACGACGAACCACCGUUACUCGAAGAAUUGGGUAUAGAUCCGGACAGGAUAAUGCAAAAAACGUUCGCCGUUUUGAAUCCGUUUCACAAACAGGGAUUGGUAGACGACGUUAAUUUUCUAACGAAGGACACGGAUUUGGCGGGUCCUUUGGCAUUUUGCUUGACUCUGGGUGCAACCCUCGUCGUUUCCGGUGGGAAAGCCAAUUUCGGAUAUUUGUACGGUCUCGUCGUCACCGGUUGCCUUCUCAUGUAUUUUCUGUUGUCUCUCAUGAACACGAGCGGAACGGUCACUCUCACGUCCGUGGCUUCCAUACUAGGCUACUGUUUGCUUCCCAUCGUUGGCUUGUCGACGCUGUCAAUUUUUCUAACGAUGACCAGUCUUGUGGGAAUCAUAUUGAGCAUCGUUGGAGUGUCUUGGUGCAGUUUGUCAGCAUCAAGAUUGUUCAUGGCUUUAAUGGCAUCAGAUUGUUCUCAAAGACCUUUAAUAGCUUAUCCUUGCAUACUAUUAUACAGGUUGCCACCUGAUCCGAAUCAAAUAAAUCAACCCAUAUUGGUGUGCACGGCUCACAUACACUGGGACCCAGAAUUCUGUGAUGUCAAAUUAAUACAAACGAUGAUGUUAUCGUACGAAUUGAAAAGCAUUUUGGAAGAAGCGAGUCACAAUUUUCGUCCCGGUCACAAACCGGAAACGAAUUGCGUACAACUUUUGCUGUGCGGAGAUUUCAAUUCCCUCCCCGAUUCGGGUGUCAUUGAAUUUCUCUCGUCGGGAAGAGUGUCGGCGGAUCAUCCGGAUUUCAAAGAAUUACAGUACAAGUCGGUUUUGCAAAAGAUAUCCGGUUGUGAAAAACCAAACGAAUUCACACAUUCCUUCAAGCUCGCGUCCGCGUACAGCGAAGACAUAAUGCCGUUCACUAAUUACACAUUUGAAUUCAAAGGCAUUAUAGAUUAUAUAUUUUAUUCGAAGCAAAGCAUGACGCCGUUGGGCCUUUUGGGACCCGUCAACGCCGAUUGGCUGAAAGAAAACAAAGUCGUCGGAUGUCCUCAUCCGCACGUACCAUCAGAUCACUUUCCUUUGUUAGUCGAAUUGGAAAUGUGUCCAACGGUGCCUAGUACCACGAACGGUUUAAUAACCAGAAGGUAG